AUGCUGACACUGCACUUGGAGCUGGCAGCAAAAGUUCGUCCUCAACCAGCUGGCGCCAGAGCCAGUGAGCGACUAAGCGACUUCAUGAUGCAGGUAGCACUCUUGCUUUCUGUCUUUGGCACAGCCCUGGCUGCACGUAUGGGCGAAGCAUCAGCGCAGAGUGAGAAGCCUCUUUGGGAGAAUGAGCAAUUGCUUAAAGACUAUCAAAACGCCUGGAAAAGCCUUGAACAAGCAGACAACGUGACUUACGUACUCGCCAAGGCAACGUACGAAAAUGACACUGGAUCAUGGGGUCAACAAUUCAAGUGCCUGUCAGUGCAAGAAACAAACAAGAAUACGACAGCUUACACAGUUACAUCUGUUUUCACGUUCAAAAACGCGUCUAGCGGGGAAGAUUAUUACAAUGUAAGCGAAACCGUGCAGGCCGUAUCCAGCAAUGGCUACAGCCAGACAAGGAACGCAAUCCGCUACCUAGUUAAUAGCCAACAAAACUUCACAGACCCUCUCAUCUUUACUGAUGGACAAGUGUGCGAUGUUUUCUCCGUGCCUUAUCAACAAAAUGGGUGCGAACUCUGGGUCAGAAAGGAUAAAUGGAGCAGCAUUCCAGAUUGCUGCAUGUUCGUGUUCAAUGUAUUCUGUGCGCAAGGAAAAACAGUUUACGAUAAAUACCCCGCAGAAUGCACUGCUACUCAAAAAGAGUGACUUAUGUGACCACUACUCUUAAACACCUCAGUUUUUGUAGCCGGUAGCAUGUAGUUAAAGAUAAUAAAAGCUUAUUACAUUGCAGUUGCUU